AUGCCAGCGACGAUUGUUGUGGCGGCGCAGCCUGAUACGACGGCUCAGCGGACCGUGUACGUGGGGUUCCGCUCGGCGAUUGAGGAAGCUUUGCCCGUUUUGGAGGCGGAGAAUGCCGACUUGCUGGUGGCCGUGUGCCGGGGUGCUUCCGUCUCGGGCCAGCGCGGUGGCAAGGCUCACGCCACUGUCGCCCAUGCGGGUGCCGACGUGCGUCUGAUUGACCUUGUCUUCAUCCCCGAGGAAUCCACUCGCUACAAUUGCAAGUAUCGCCCGGAUGCGGUGAGCCGACUCAUCAGCGACGUGGACAGUGGUGCACGCACCUCGGUGGUGGUUGUGCUGCCAAGUAUCGAGGAUGAAGUGGAGUCGCGCGGUGCCGUUGUGGCCCUGACGGCCGCUGUGGCGCGCACUUGCCAAAUCUACACGCGCAAGAAAAACGCGAGCGAGACGUCCUCAAGCACCCACGUCACCAUCUCCUUCCACCUGGGCCAGAGCUUUUUCACCAACGAGACUGUGCUCCAGCAUGCCACCAUCCUUGCGGAGCACGUCCGCCAGUGCGCGCGCCUGGUAGACAUGCCAUGCAACGAGCUCCCCGUCUCCGAGCUGGCCGCCCAUGCUCGCGCUGUGGCGGACACGCUCCCCGGUGUGGUGGUUGAAGAGGUGAUUGGCGAGGAUUUGCAGGCACAGGGCUUUGGUGGCAUCUAUGGCGUUGGCAAGGCAGCCGAGGAUGGCCCUCGUCUGGUCGUGCUCAAGCAUGAGCCCGCCGGUGCCACCCGCGCCGUGGCCAUGGCUGGCAAGGGCAUUGUCUACGACACGGGAGGUCUCUCCAUCAAGGGCAAGACGUUCAUGCCUGGCAUGAAGCGGGACAUGGGUGGCGCGGCGGGCGUGCUUCACGCUUUUGCCACCCUGGUCAAAACAGGCUUUUCCCAGAAUCUCUACUGUUUGCUGGCUUGUGCUGAAAACGCCGUGGGCCCACGCGCCACACGUCCCGACGAUAUUCAUGUCAUGUACAGCGGCAAGACGGUCGAGAUCAACAACACCGACGCCGAGGGUCGCCUCGUCCUCGCGGAUGCCGUGUCCUAUGCCGCACAGACCUUCAAGCCUGAGUUGCUGCUAAACAUGUGCACCCUCACAGGCGCCCAGGGCAUUGCCACGGGCCAGCUGCAUGCAGGCAUUGUGUGCAGCAGCGAGGACGUUGAGCAAGACGCCGUGCGUGCUGGCCGACGCAGCGGUGACUUGACCCAUCCCCUCAUGUGGUGCCCCGAGCUCUUUUCCAACGAGUUUGCCAGCUCGGUCGCUGAUAUGAAGAACAGCGUUCGCAACCGCUCCAACGCUCAAGUGUCUUGUGCCGCCCAGUUCAUUGGCAAUCACUUGCCCGACGGCUUUGUGGACCAACACGCCUGGCUGCACAUUGACAUGGCAGCCCCCGCGUUUGAGGGAGAGCGUGGCACCGGCUAUGGCGUGGCCUUGUUGUACGACCUCUUGCACUCUCGCUUCGGCACCCCCCUGUAA